AUAAAAACAAUAAAUUGACGGUUUUAUUACUUUUAAUGGGUAUAAAACUUGCAGGUCUGGCAAGCAAAACAAUCAAUUAAUGCCCAAAGUCAAUAAGGAUAAGUUGUAUCGAUCGUCAUGUUAAGAUAUUUGUGUUUAAUAGUGUUGAUUUCCACCAUUUAUGGUGCUCCAGUGGAUGAUACUGCUAGCAGUCAUGAUGUACAUCCAACUCAUGUCAACUCAAAUCCUUUGCAUAUCUCCUCACAUGCUGUUGACGAGCAUGUGCAGGAGGGUGACCUGAAAAAGCUGACCACCAAACCACCAAAAGUUGUGGAAAUAUUAGAAUCUGGUUCUGAACAUCAGGUAGAUGGUUCUUAUAGUUUCCAUUAUCGUGGAGCUGAUGGCAGUUUCCGCGAAGAAACAGCUGUUGUAAAAAAUCAGGGUAUGGAUAACGAGUAUUUGGAGAUAAACGGUGCUUAUUCGUUCUUUGAUUCUGAUGGCAAAGAGGUAGUAGUGCACUACAAAGCAGAUGAUAAAGGUUUUGUUCCAGUAGGUAAUAAUAUACCCGAUGCUAUAUCACUGGCAGCCAGGGAAAACAGUCAACUUCCUCCUAUCAAAAAAGAUGACGACGAUGAUGAUGACGAUGAAUGAUUUCGUAGCCAGCCAAGACAAUGUUUCUAAGACGAUUGCUAAAAACUACAUAAAAUAGUCACUCAUUAAUUAUUAUUAUUUCGCAUUUAAAUUUAUAACAUUUAUUAAAAAAAUUUCACGAUAAAAAUUAA